UUCUGCUCCACUCACAGGCGGGUCUCGCGCACUGGGCAGCCCGUGUUCACCUCACACUUUGCACGCCCCGCUUUAAACAAUGAGAAUGGAGGCGCUUUGUGUCGGACAGAGAUUGACUCGCUUCUCUGUGUUCGUGUAGUACUUUCUGCUUAUAUUCGGGAUCACGAUAUAUCGCUUUAACACAAUGGGGUGCUGCAGCGGACGAUGCACCCUCAUAUUUCUGUGCACGUUUCAGUUGAUGGUGGCAUUAGAAAGACAGGUGUUUGAUUUUUUGGGCUACCAGUGGGCCCCCAUCCUUGCCAACUUCUUCCACAUCCUAGUGGUCAUCCUGGGCCUGUUUGGCACCAUUCAGUACAGACCUAGAUACAUUGUGGUGUAUACAGUAUGGACAGCAGUGUGGGUGGCCUGGAAUGUCUUCCUCAUCUGUUUCUACCUGGAGGUUGGAGGACUGUCAAAGGACAGCGACCUCUUGACCUUUAACAUCUCUGCGCAUCACUCCUGGUGGAGCGAGCACGGACCGGGCUGUUUUGGACGAGAGAUCCCUGCCAGCGGAGAGCAUAAUGCAGAUGCACAGUCCUACAUAUCAGUUACGGGCUGCCUGCUGGAGUACCAGUACAUAGAAGUUCUGCACGGAGGCUUUCAAAUCCUUAUCUCUCUGAUGGGUUUCAUCUACGCCUGCUACGUCAUUAGCGUUAUCACUGAGGAGGAAGACAGUUUUGAUUUUAUUGGUGGAUUUGACCCAUUCCCACUCUACCAUGUCAAUGAGAAACCAUCUCAUCUUCUGUUAAAGCCCAUGCAUCAGUCUUCGUAAAUGAAAGAGCAGGUCAGAUGAUUCAUCCCCUCCAGCAGCUCGUACCUCACCUCCCUCCUUGUUCCUUGAGAUCUGCCUCUCCACUGUUUCCUCAUUCAAACACUUCCUGAUCAAGCCCUUCUGGUCUUGGAGAGGACUGGAGAGUCGGCUGUCCAAUACAAAACACAGUCCAGUUGUCUCGUUCAGAAACAUAUCGAAACAAAAAUGUCCAUUGUUAGGCAGGUCUAAGAUCAAUGUGCAUUGUAUGAGAUCAUGGACAGCAGGCCUGUGAGUCACUCAGUGGAGUUCAGAUGUUGAGGUUAACUGACUUCCACCUCUUUUUGUGUUUGUGUGUCUGUGUGUGUGUGUGUGUAGGGAGAAUAGAAUGCUGUUUACCUUCACACAGGAUUUGCGCAUGUACACAGUAAAACACAACAGUAUGCAGAGAGGAGGAAGGGUGGUUUGGAAAGUGGGUGGGACCCAAAAUAAAAUACAAAGCAAGCAAACCUCAUGUGGAUAUUUUUCCAAAAUAGAAGCAAAAGAUAAAAACGCCGAAAAUACGACCAGAAGGUUCUUUCAUGUGUCAGUAUGAUGUGUGAUUACAUUGUCAAAUCCAGUUUUAGUUUUUAUACUGCCGCCUGAAAAAGUAUUUAGACAUUUAAGCCAGACUGAAAAUAUGUCAUGAGUCCAAAUACUUGUCACUUGUUGUACAGGCCCCCUCAGUGUUCUUACUACGUGUGUUUGAAUAUAAUCCUAUGAAGAAAAUAGCCGCGGCUUCCUAUGGCAUUCAGUCAAAAUCAAUAAAAUGAUCACGUAAUCUGUUUUUUAUUGUAUAGCUGACAGAUAUGAUCAAAUGGGAAGUUUCUUUUAUAUGAAUGGUGCUUGUAAUCAAAUAACAGUUUGUGAACAAAUAUCACGUAAUAUUGUCAGCAUGUAUUCUUUUCUUUAUCUGAGAAACAGUCGAGUGUCUUUCACUGUUGUUGCAAAGCUACUGUUUCCGUUUACUGGAAAAAAUAAACCAUAAAGCACAACUGGAUGACCUAACAUGCAAUGUUACAUGUAUCAUAACAUGUAUGACACGUUUUAAAGAGAGGGGCUGUGUAUUUCUUUUCAAACUGAGAUUUGUUGGUCGGUCUGUACAAAUUGCUGAAUAAGGCCAGAUAUGAUGUGUACUGUUAGCAAAACUUGCGCUUAAAGGCAGUUCACCCAAAACUGAAAUUAGAUCUUUAUUCACUCGCCCUUGAGUUGUUCUAACUUCUAAAUCUGAAUAAUUUUUUGUUCAAAUGAACACUGUGUUCUGAUGCUGUUGAACACAAAAGAAGGUAUUUUGAAGGAUCUGGGGCACUUUUGUCAAAAAAAAAAAAAUCCUACUUUAGGAGUCAAUGGUGGACAAGAAUUGUUUGGUUACAAGCAUUCUUCCAAAUAUCUUUCUCUGUUCAUCAGAAAAAAUGUUUUUAUUCAGAUUUGGAACAACUAUAGGGCGAGGAAAUGAGAACAGCAUUUUCAUUUUGGGUUGAACUGUCCCUUAAUUCACCUCAAAUGAAGAUUCUGUCAUCAUUUACUCCAUCUAAAUAGUUCCAAAAAGUGACUUUCUUUUUUUAAAGUUAAUUUAAAGUUUAUACAAGUUUGAAAUGGCAAGAGUUCAGAAGAACUGUUUAACCGUUAAAUCAUUGAGUUGUAUAUUUGACAGAAACAUUUUCACCUUAAUUUGUAUCCAUUAAAGAAAAAGUUCACCCUACACUGAAAUAUCUUAUCAUUUACUCGCCUUCAUGCCUCAGAUGUAAAUGGAAAAAUAUUCAUUUUUGCGUGAAAUAUUUAAUACUCCAUUGCCUGCGGACCUCUCCUGCCCCCUAGUGUCCAAUAGAUUUCUUUACAACCUUGCAUUUUCUACCACUUGUCUGUGUAGUUUGUUAUUUUAGAGUUUAGGAUAUAGGUCAUUGUUACAAAUCUGCAUCCCUCUCUUUCUCCUAUGCCGUCACAUCCUUUCCUUUUGAACAUGUAUGUUUUCCGCAAACUAUUUUAAUAUCUUUCGUCUCUUCUCCAUAUAUGUUCAUUGACUGCUUGUCCAAUAACAUGUGUUUGUUGUUCAGAGUGUAAAUAAAUGUUUGUUAAUAAAAUAUGUGCUUUUCAUCUACUGUA